CAACGCUGUUGAUCUUCGCACCAAUUCGUUUGACUUUAAACACUGAUUGCACGACGCGCAACGCUUCAGUCUCAACGUAAACUCGACGAAAAACGCAUCCGGCUCGAACUAAGCGCGCUAGUUACUAACGCGGCGGCGGCGGCAAAAUAUAAAAAAAAAAAAAUUGGAAAAUAGAAAGAAACUUUUUUUUUAAGUUUUUCCUCUAAGUUAAUGUAGAGUAGUGUAGUUAAGCGAACAAAAAGUUUAAUAACUUAAAACUUACAAAUGUCUUGAAAACGUCUAUUUUUUAAGUUUUUCCAAACAAAUGUUCUUAAUAACAUAAUGUCGACUCGAACUACGACAACACUCGCCUAUCCAGCAACGACCACGCCCACUCCUCCUAUCCUUACACCCACUAUAUUAGAUACACAUUUAGCCACAACAAUCAUAAGAGCAGUGACCAUGCCCAAUUCAAGUACGAAUACAAGUAAUAUUGCUAAUCAUAACCGCCCAACAAUCACCAACCACAACACCAGCAUCCCCACGACCCCCACCACUACCACUACCCACACACACCUCGACACAAUGCACACACAUGCGCAGAGCAUAAGCUGGCGACUGCAGCGAUAUUGCGCACAGGCUAUAGCAGCAACGAGCAGCAGGCGAAGAAGAAGAAGGCGUGAUGAUAUUAACAACAACAACAACAACCACCACAACAGCAGCAACAAUACAACGAAUUGCAAUAUCAAUAACUGCAAUCAGUGCUACUACAGCAAUAACCAUCACAUUGCGUUUAAUACGCCUUCCAGUGCGGCACUGCAUGACACAGAUCACUACGAUCACAACAAUAACGGUAACAACAACUAUAGCAGUAACCACAACAACAAUACUUCCAGCGGGAGCAGCAAUAUCAACUUAAUUAAAACUAUAACAACAACAAUUUCACCUGCAAUUCAACUAUUAAAUGCGGCUAUGCGCACUCUGCUGAGUAGCUCUUCAAAAGUCGCCACCUACAUCGGUGCGUUGCUCGUCCUUACCACGCUAUGUUCCUUCUGUGCUGCUUCACCCUGCGAUCUACACAGCUGGUGGGAUCCGCUCAAGGACAAAUGUAUUACUUGCACUGUGUGUGAGGGGGAUUUGAUACCAUUGCGUCCGUGUCAGUUGCAUCGUGACACGAUAUGCGGCUCCAUUUAUGAUCUCAAGAUCGAUUGGGUGGUGCUGGCGAAAACGGAACCCAACUGGAAGGAGCGCCGAAAGGACGACGGCGACAUGGACUUUGAGGAACAAUUGACACAAGAUGAGUUACAGCAACUGCAAGAUGGAACACUGCCGAUGGGUUGGCAGACAACGGCGCUCUUCUUGGCCGUGUUAGCCUGCUUGCUCUUUUUCAUUAUAGCAGCCGGCAUUUUAGUGCAUCACAUGCGGCAAUGGCGGCGUAUGGAGCGUCGUCUUGAUCAAGAUGUUGAAGAAUUAUCAACAAAAUUGAUGGCAAAAUUAGCGGAGGUACAAAGUAUGGAGGGUGGAACAUUUUUCAUUGGCAAUGCCGAUGCAUUAGGAGUACCAAGUACUUUCCAGCCGCAGCAUGUACUAUUACCGGAAAAACCGGCAAAACACCAUCAUGAACGGCGUAUCUUAAAAACAUUGCAGCCCGGUAAUGUUUAUAUUGAGGAGAGUAGUUCAAAGGGUUGAGCGAAUUAAGCUCAUAAACUCAAACUAAAGUGGAAAUGUAUCUGGAAUUAUGUAGUCAACGCAACGACUACUUUAGCUAAGAGGGUGGUACAAUUAAAAAAAAAUAUAUAUACAUAUGUAGAUGAAACAAAUUUCGAGAAAUUUUUCUUUUUUGUGAGUGAAAGUAGUUACUACUUAUAUAAAAAAGGAAAAUCAAACUAUGUUUGACAAGUAAUUAUAACUUUGACUAGCUUUCAUAAAUGGAAGCAUGGGUGGGGUAUGGCAUGCGCUACAUACAAAUUAUAAACGGAACUUGGAAAGAAAAAAUGGAAAAGAAAAUAAUAUAAAUAUAUGUCUGUAUGUAUAUUCAAUGACGUUAUAUGGUCAGAAAUAACAAUUUUCAAUACCUUUAACGUGUGUAAAUGUACAAAAAUUCGUAUUUAAUCACACAAACACAUAGGCUAUGCCCAGUGGGAAGAGCGUGACUGACGAAACAUUAAUAGAGGUUUUCAAUAAGUUCGGCUCGAUUUUGAAAUGGAAUAUUGCGAAUUAUGAGGCGGCCGCCACUCGAUAGGACUAAAGUUCGACCCCUGGUCCGAGCAGCAUAAAAAAAAAAACGUUUUUUUUAAUAGCCGUCGCCUUUUAGCGAGCUUUUUCUGGCAUAAAAAAGCUUCUCGUAGAAAACAAUCUAGCGUUUGGGCCGACGUAAAACAGCAAAGCUGUAUGAAAUGCCAUUUAUUUUUUAUGUGAGGUAAUUAUUAUAUUGUUACAGCUUCUCACGUUGGUAAGGAUCCGAGUGAUCUGACUUUUAAUAAUUCUGCCGCGCUGCUCCGACUGAAUUUUUCCCAAUGUGCGGGGUUAUGUUUGCAUUAAAAGCGUCGCUCGAUUGCUGCUUAUUGGCAUAAAGCUGCGAUCUUAGAAAAUCCCACAAUAAAAAGGCUAACGGGUUAAAUCGCACUAUUUUUGGUGGCGAAUUCACGUCAUCUCUACGAGAGUUAACCAUAGAAUGUCUAUCGUUCGCAUAGAAUGUCUAUCGUUCUACGGGUAUAAUAUCCCUAUAAUUUAAUUUGAACCAAAAUAAAUUGCUUAUCAUCGUUCUGCAGCGCUCGUGGUUGGUCGGUCGGAAGAGCAAACAAACACAAAGUUGAAAAAUUCACGAUUCACUUUUCCUACUGGGUUUUAAGAGUAUCAUGACUACUAGUUACAUGCUUAUAAUACAUACAUUCUAUAUGCACAUUAGGGUGCAUCCCUUUCCAUACAAAAUUCCAUCGAAAUUAUAAAAUUUAUUAUAUUCUAAGAUUUUCUGCAAAAUACUUUAGAAAAAUACUAAUAUUAUUUUAACAUGCUUAAAAUCUGCCAUUAUUAGAUAUGAGGUGAUACAUUUUUUUUAAAUUAAUUUUAUUCAUAAAAACUCCAUUUUCUGAGGUCGUUUCAAAUCGAUCCUGCUCACGUAAAUCUUAAAAUUUUUCCGAAAUAUUUUGGCGAAAGUGUUAAAAUAUAAUAAAUUUUAUAGUUCAGGCGGAAACCCACCAUGUUUUUUUUUUUUGGUGUGGCACCCUAAUAAAAUUUUUAAAUGUGUGAAUAUAAAAUUUUAUGACUUAUGUAACGGAACUAUGUACUCGUUUAAUCAUAACUCUAGGUAUACAUAAAUGCAUAAAUACAUAAACUUAUUUUGAAUAUAAUAGUUAUUUUCUUAUUACGUACUCAUACAUACAUAUAUGUACUUUGUUGUUGACUUGUUGUAAAAUAAUUUUUGUUUUAUUUAAAAAAAACUUAAAUAUCUUUUUUUCUAAAUUAUGCUAAAACACAAGCAAGCGGUAACUAAUACUCAUUAAAUGCAACGAAUUUAAGUCAAUUGAUAAGGUUUCUGAAAGGAAAAAGGUUAAAGAAGUAAGCUUAAUUAAAAGUAUGUUGAAGGCUAUUAAGAAAUUUUAGAAUACUGUAUGUAAAUAUGUAUGCUUAAUAUUGAUAACUAACAUAAACACUUAUAACUACUUACAUACACUUAUAUAUGUAAGCAAGUGUAUGCAAAUGAAAAUAUAUUCUCGUAUAAAUUUUACUUAAUGUAAAUACUAUCUAAAUGAAUGUUUUUAAUGCUUAAUUUGUCUGUAGGUGGCAAAAUGAAACUAAGUAUAUCAGCAACAUAUCCAGUACCGUUAAUUUUCUAUUAGCAUUUGCAAUAAAAUGCACGAUUUGUUUUUAAUUAUUCGCCGUUAACAAAAAAAAAAAACAACUGUGAAAACGUGCGCACCUUAGUUUUUCCAAAUAUUAUUUUAUGUAUUUGUACUCGUACUCCUGCAUUUGUGUGUUUUGCAAAAACAAAAA